AUGGCGGCGCACAUAGCACGACGGUCUUAUUUACUUUGCCGUAGCGCAGGAAUAAACGUGAUUUCACUGCGUGUAGAACCAAUAAGAGACGUUCACAGCAGGUUACAGCCGCGUGUUAGUUAUGGGACCCGGGAAACAGACACAGAGGACGCCCAGGUGCACAUUCCAGUGGAACGUCUGAGAGUGUCUUACAGCAGGAGCAGUGGUCCUGGUGGUCAGCAUGUCAAUAAAGUUAACACAAAGGCAGAGGUCCGGUUCCAUGUGCUGACAGCAGACUGGAUCCCAGAGGAGGUUCGACAGAAGAUCUUUGAAAGGAACACAAACCGCAUCAAUAAGGCCGGAGAGCUGCUGGUGACCUCCGAGCUGAGCAGGAGUCAGCACAGAAACCUCUCAGAUUGUAUCCAGAAGAUCUCUGCCAUCAUAGCUGAAGCCAGCAGGAAGCCUCACGAACCGACAGCAGAAGACCUAGCUCUGAGGGAGGCCAGGUUACAGAAGAGCAACAAGGAGCGACUCAAACAGAAGAAGAUCCAUUCAGCCAUCAAACAGAACAGACGAGUGGAUUUUGACUGAUUAAUCAACUGUUAUGUUUCUACCUCUAAUACUUGCUUUGUCAUUUAUUUACAUAUAAAUAACAUGUCCAGUGUUAUUGAUUUUAAGUAAAAUAAAGUAAGCAGCAAUUGUUCUUGUUGUAAAUACCAGAAUCAUGCAAACCAUUGUCAAGGGUUUUGAAAUUCACUGCUACAGUUUUUGACUGGAGAUUACUGACACCAAUGGUAAAGCAGGGUUCGAAUUAUGUGAGGGAUUGGAUCUUUUUUACCAAAAGAGGUAAAAACAACAGUCCUUAGGGGGCUGAAACAUUUAUAUAUUUUUUUUUUCUUACCUGUAAUUGUAAAUAUUACAAUAUAUUUCCCAUAUUCAUAUCUGGAAGAAUGUUGUAAUAUGAUUACAAACACCCCUAAAGUGAACCGUACCAUUUCUUAACCUUGAUGUUAGCUGAAUGUCUCGUCUGCCUGCCUCACUACAUCAGUGGCUCCAUCCUCAAGUCUCUGCUCCUGUCAAAAAGUCACUGUAGGUGAAUGUAAGCAGCAGUAGCUAACUAUCUAGCUUGUUUAAUAAACUUUACUUUUC